AUGAUGCUGAUUAGCUGCUCUAAAGUCAUAGAAGUUUUUGGAUUGUUGGUGGUGCUACUUGGUGAAUCACAAGGAGUGGAAACUUACUGUGAUGGCAGACAGGAUGGAGCUCGGUGUGAUGGGGUUCUAGGAGGAACUCUGUCUAUCCAGCUUAUGAGCAACUCUUCAGAUAUACCCAUAUACAACUGGAAAAAAGGUUUAGAACAGAUUUAUAAUAGCAGACAGAAUAAGAUUGUAAGUAAAACAAUGGAAAAUAGGACUGUUUUAUUCCUAAGUAAACGAACAAUCAGGAUCAAUAACCUGAGCUGGACAGAUGGUGGCAAUUAUACUCUGGAAAUCUUCAAUUCAGCUGGUGUCAACAGCGGUCAAAGGACUCUGCAGUUGUCUGUUCGAGUAUCAUUUGAGGAGCAAUUUAAGGACAGCUCUGUUGAACCAGAGGAAACAUCUUCACAAGGUAUUGUGGCUAAAUUGUUGAUCGUUCUGAUUGCUGGACUCGCAGGACUUCUACUUGUUUUAGCUAUAGCUAUAUCAGUCAUCUGUGCCCUGGGGAAAAAACACAAUAAGGUGGAAGUAGCUUAUCAGGAAGUGAACUACGCUGAUGUCAGGGUUGUACAGCUGAUAGAGCAAAUGGAGCGAUACACAGAAGCAGAAGGGCAUCACUGCAGAGUUGAAAUUUUAGAGCUGUCGGAUGAAGCACGAGAUAAUUGUGAAUAUGCACAAGUUUGUAAAGAGAAAUGAUUUGAUAGAUUUCAAAGAUGGUGGUUUAAGAAGGCUGUCAAAAUGCCACUAUUGAAGUAGAUGCAGAGAAUAUGUAAAACCAUAGAUGCUGUGUGUAUUUGUUGACGGUAAACAAUUUGUAAAAAAUUCUACUCUCUCUACUUUCAGGAGAUAUUAUCCUCUUUCUUUCUAUCAUUUUUGUCUGGAGAAAAUAAUCCACAAUAAUCUACAGUUUAAUUUACAAUCAUAUAACCACAGCCUACAAUUUAAAUAGAAACACUAUUUAAUUUAGGAAGGAAAUAAUUAGUAUUCAUAUGAUUAUUUUCUUUAAGUACGUUUCUGUUUUAGAAUAUCUUCAAAGUAAAAGCUUCAGAGUUAUUUCAAAAGUCUAAAUGACUUUUAACUGUCAACUUUUUAACUGUCUGUGACACAUACAGUACAGAUGAAAUUGUAUUUUUUUGGGCAAAGAAGGUAACAAAGUAAGUUAAGUAGAUAGCAUUUUGUUCUAGAUUAUUCAGUUUUUGAUUUUUACAGGUUUUUAUUCAGGUUUUUAUCAGAAAAUUCAAAUGCUGACUUUUAUCCUAUCAAAUAUUGUUAAAUGAAAAGUCUGGUCAGCAAGGAAUUAUCAAUGGAUCAUUA